AGCUAUCCUGUUUUAUAUUUUGUUUAUAAAUCUCUUGUUGACUAGUCGGUAUAAAAUGCACAUAGAAAAUCAUCAAUUCGUUUUACUCUGGAGAAUGGAGCAAAUGAGUGCUAUGCAAUGCAGAACAGCUGAUUACUACAGAGUUGCAUUGGGAUAAAACAAAAAGUUAUUAAAUGAAAUACAUCGUAAUAAGCAGAUAAGUUGGGAAUAAGUGCUCGUUAAACAACUGUCAGUAGUCAGCUGUUUGUUAACAUUCCUCCAAAUUGCAUUCACGCGUUUGCCAUUACAUUUCGAUUGAUUUUAUAACAAUAAGUUCUGAAGAAGAUGAGGCUAACACAAUUUUUGGGCACUAAAUUAAAAAACUUCUCAAAUUUUCCGAAGGAAUACAUUGAGAGAAGCAAAAAGCAGGUCUAUUGGAAAACACCAUCUGGUGUGCCAAAUUACAUACAACGCACGGUUGAGCGUAAGCGUUUUCGAUAUACAACAAAUCGGCCAUGGACAGGUCAGUUUAGACAGCAAAAUAUGCCCGGUACUAUACGCAAAAAGGUCUUUCUGAAUCCAGUGGAUGAAUGGGGUUUCUUUCGUGGUGAUCGUGUUGAAGUGCUUGUUGGUAAAGAUAAAGGCAAACAAGGUAUUGUUACACAGGUUAUACCAGAACGCAAUUGGGUGAUGGUAGAAGGUCUGAACUGGCAUUAUCGUACAGUAGGUGCCGAAGAAGGUUUUCCAGGCAUAUUGAUUAAAUCUGAGGCACCUUUAGAUGUUACAAAAGAUCUACGAUUAGUUGAUCCCUCGGACUUGCAAGGCACAGAAUACGAAUGGCGCUAUACUGAAGAGGGUGAGAAGGUGCGCGUAUCCGCGCGUACUGGCCGCCUUAUACCCAUACCAGAAACGAAUAAUCAAACACACGAUUAUAAGACGCCGGGCGCAUAUAUCGAACGCGAAAAGGAUACACCCGCCGCUGUUGUAUCCGAAAUAACUUUCCAACCUAAAUUGUCCACAUUUGAAAUGGAUAUUAUGGAAGAGAUGGGCAUUGAGGAAGAACGUAUACCAAAGAAGACAUACUGGUAUUAAGUUUAACGACGUUUUUUUUAAACAAUGCUUUAAUUUGUUAAUAAAUAUAAACUAUAAAUAAAAUGUAUAAUGAAAAAUUU